AUGGGAUUAAUUUUAAAUUCAUGCCUAAUUAAUAUGUAUGAAGGACACCCGUGUAAUAUUUAUUGA